GCGGGAGAACAUUUGGGUUUGGACACUAAAAUACUUUGACAAGAGGAGGAAGAGAGAUACGUUCCCUCUAAGAAUAGCAGAAAAUCUGUGGCGCUGAAGAAAACGGAAAAACAUUAAAAGUCGGUUAUCCCACGGACAGAAGCAAAAAGCACGCAUUCCCGCCGAGACAGCCCGUCAAUGUCGUGAACAGGAGAGCGCGCGGCCGCAUCUCGAUCACGCCUGCGCUAAUUUGGACGGAAUUUCACUCGACAUCAAUCCGAAGUGAGCAUAAUCGCAGUGACAGGCUCACAUCUCUCUCCUCCUCCUCCUCCGUUAUCCGCCGGUCACCCACAUGAGCGCGAGACCGCGAGGAUGAGGAGGAGAGCGCGCGCGCGCUCGGAGAUUACCGCGUGAGCGAAGUCAAAGCGAGGGAUUAACCUGCGAAAACUACAAGAAAACACGAAUUACACAAACACGCGUCGUGAUAAAGAUGGGUGUGUUCGGAGAAUAAAAAAGAGAGAGAGAGAGAGAGAGAGAGAGAGAAAACAGGACAAGCGGACGGAGUGCGCGCGCGACGCCAAAACACCAAAUGAGCGCGAGGAGAAGAGAAAAUUACGGGGAGACCGUUUGCGGAUGAGAUAUUUGCUUUCAUAAGUGUGUGACACAAAGCAGAUCCAGGUGUGUCAGGAUGCCGAUACCCAAUCUUUCCGGGUAAACGGAGAACACCGCUGUGUCGUGUCACUGAAGAACGCAGCGCACACACACACACACACACACUGAAGAUCAAACACAGCAUGGGAACCAACAGAGCCAACAGGUACAGCAUCGUGUCCCCUGAUGAAGAGGGCCUGAAGAUCUCCACCCUCGGCCUCCACAAUGGCCACGGCACCGGACGGCUCCACUCGCCCGGAGGAGAGGCGGGGCCAAGCGCGGCGUCAGCGGUGAUGAGGACCAGCUACAACGGGAAGAUCUCCACGUCCGGCCGCGGCCAGCUGAGGAGCCGCUUCGUCAAGAAGAACGGCCAGUGCAACGUGGUUUUCGCCAACAUGGACGACAAGCCGCGGCGGUACCUGGCGGACAUCUUCACGACAUGCGUGGACAUCCGCUGGCGCUACCUGCUGAUGAUCUUCUGCUCCACCUUCUUGUUCUCCUGGCUGGUGUUCGGCUUGAUCUUCUACAGCGUGUCUUUAGCGCACGGGGACUUCGAUAAAGAUCGCGGGAGCGGCGGCAAGCCCUGGAAACCAUGUCUGCUGCACGUCGAGGGCUUCGUCGGCGCCUUCCUCUUCUCGAUCGAGACGCAAACCACGAUCGGCUACGGCUGGCGCUGCGUAACUGAAGAGUGCCCGGUAGCGAUCGUGACCGUCGUGGUGCAAUCGAUCGUCGGCUGCAUCAUUGACUCCUUCAUGAUCGGCACCAUCAUGGCCAAAAUGGCGCGUCCGAAGAAGCGGAACCAAACCUUGCUGUUUUCGCACAACGCUGUGAUUUCGUUGCGUGACGGGAAGCUGUGUUUAAUGUGGCGCGUCGGGAACCUCCGGCGGAGUCACAUCGUCGAGGCCCACGUUCGCGCGCAGCUAAUCCGGCCUUACGUGACGGCGGAGGGGGAGUUCAUCCCGCUGGAACAGAUGGAUUUAAACGUGGGUUACGACGAAGGCACGGACCGACUCUUCUUGGUGUCGCCGCUAGUCAUCGUGCACGAAAUCGACGAGGACUCGCCGCUUUGGGGAAUGAGCCGGGCGGAUCUCGAAUCGGACGACUUCGAGAUCGUGGUGAUCCUGGAGGGGAUGGUGGAGGCGACGGCGAUGACCACGCAGGCGCGCAGCUCCUACCUUUCCCGCGAGAUCCUCUGGGGCCACCGCUUCGAGCCGGUCAUCUUCGAGGACUGCGACCGCUACCAGGUCGAUUACGCGCAUUUCCACAAGACCUACGAGGUUCCCUCGACGCCCGCCUGCAGCGCUAAAGAGCUGAGCGAGCUGAGCGGCCGGCGCUCGGCGGGGUCGUCCCGCUCCGUGACGCCGGACGGCCGGGCGCAGACGCUCUUGCCGCCGCACUCGCCCAGCGCCUUCUGCUACGAGAACGAGGUGGCGCUGUGCUGCGGGGAGGACGAGGACCAGCUGACCGACGCUCCCACAGACUUCCAGAAAAUGUUCCAGGAUUCGGCCACCAUGACCUCCGGAAACAACAUGCUCUGCGUGCUCGACAUGGACAAUCAGAUCGAGUUUGACAUUCUCCAGACUGCUAUACCUCUCGACCCCAUGACUUACAAGAGCGAGUCCGAGAUAUGACCGUCCCUCGAGUACACGCUUUCAUUUAAAUACGUUUAUAUAGACAUUAAUGUAAAUGAACGCAAUUUAUUACACUGAGGUCAUAAAAAUGCAUUGAUAUUGAUUUAUAUAAACGCGUUACGUAAAUAUUGAAUAAUUUACUUAAAUAUAAAAAUAGAACAUUAAGCAUAUAAAUAUUUAAAUGCAGCUAUAAAAACGCAUUUAUAUACAAAUAUGCACUGAUAUAAGUAAACAAAUGCAUUCAGUUACAUGAAAUGCAUUUAAAAAUACAGUCAUACAACAAGUUCAUGCAUAUAAACAUAAAACCAUAACUAGCACAGCCAUAUUUGUAGCCGAAAAUACAUUGUAUGGGUCAAAUAUCAUGCCUCAAAUCUUUAGUAUAUUAAGUAAACACUGUAAAUAUAUUUUAAAAUAUUUUUGAUUAUUAACAUUCAUUGCUACGAACUUAAAUUGCUAUUUUCUUAAUUUUUUCGGCACCCUCUGAUUCCAGAUUUUCAAGUAUCUCAAGUACUCGCUUAUAUAAGUGUAUUAUAUAAAUGUUAUACAUCCAAAUUAUUUACUUGCAUAAAUAAAUAUACUUAAUAUAAGUAACACAUUUAUAGAUAAAUAAGCAUUUAAAUAAAAAAACAUUGACUAUAUUUAUAUUAAUAAAUACUUCCGUCUAUUAUUUAUAUAUAAAUAAAUCGCCUUGCCUGCAUUGGUUUUGUACUUUGCUCAUCGCAGUCUUCCCCAAAGGAGGAAGUGGGUGUGUCCGGCCCCAAGGGACGCGUGACCCUAAAGGUCAUGACCCCGUGCCGUGUCACACAAAUGGUCAUUGAUGAGGCUCCCAGCAGAGAUGAAACGCAUCCUGGCUGGAGCUGACGACCGAAAAUAAGAGCCAUGCCAAGAAGACUGAAACAAGCGAAGCACCAAAGGAGUCGAGCUCAGGACAGACUGACCUUUCUCUCUCUUCAUGUGGACCGUUACUGUAAAUAUGACACAAAAAAACCUGUUCACGUCUUCAGGCAAAAUGGAUCCAUGUGCUUCAUUGAUGUUGUUUGACGCUAAAUAACAAGAGUUCACCAGGUCACAACAGUGCAAUAAACUGAUACGUGUGUAGAUGAAACCACCGGAACUACCUUUAAUAGUUAAACUAUACCUGUGAGUUCAACAAAACACUUGACUUGACGUCAAAUUUGAAGGGAUGGAAAAAAUGAAAGCUGUGAACGCUGCCUGAAAUUAAUUAAUUAAUUAUCGAAUCUUCCCGCGUUCGAAGCAAUGACGCAUGCUAGUUUCUAGCGUCACGAGUUAAAACUACGGAAGCCCGUUGAUGCUAGUAGGAGAUCUGCGCUUGUCUCAGUCCAGAAUUAGUUCCUCACAGUCAGUAACUGUUUUUUGGUAGUUUUCUCACAUCUACUCUUUUGUUUUGUCUGUGUUCCGAGGCUUCCACGCGAUCAUGCUAACUCAAGCCGAGAUCCCGGGCUAGUUUUAGAAUGACGUCGUGUGGUUUUGCGCGUUUAAAAGGGAACGAGGUUUAAUGUGAUUUAUGUUGACGUGUGUUUGUGGAAAAAGCACUUUCUCUGUCGGUCUGUACCGUGAACCCCGGGCAGACGGACGCGGUCGUGCAAGCUUUCGUGUAUAGCCUAAACUAGUAUGCUAGCAAUGCUAAUGUUUUCCACGUUUCCCCAGACUUUCCUCCGGCUGACUUCUGACGUGUGUAAAUAUAAAGCUGCUGCAUGAUGGGAAUCUUUUACGCGUCUUCCCGUUUGAAAAUCUUCCGAUGGAGAAACUUUACUUGAAAGCGUCGAAAACUCCUGAAAUGCACUUUAUCUUGUUGUGUUGCACCUUCUCAUGUGAUACUGAAAUAAAUCUUUCUACUGCACCUCUUC